CGGGGAGCCCUGCCCUGCGCCCCGCGCCCUGCGCUCGCUCGGGGAUUUAACCCGCGCCCACCCGCGCGCCCCGUGCGGAGAUCGCGGCCGCGCUGGCGCUGCGCGAGAUGAGGUUUCUCCUGAGCACCCUCCUGCUCCUGCCCUUGCUCCUCCUCUUCUGCCUGGAGUCGCUCAUUAAGCUCUUCAUCCCCAAGAAGAAAAAAUCAGUCGCCGGAGAGAUCGUCCUCGUCACUGGCGCUGGACACGGCAUCGGGAGACUCACUGCCUAUGAAUUUGCCAAACGUAAAAGCAAACUGGUUCUCUGGGAUAUCAAUAAGCAUGGCAUCGAAGAAACAGCCGCUGAAUGCAGGAAGCUGGGUGCCCAGGCUCACGCCUUUGUGGUCGACUGCAGUAACCGAGAAGAUAUCUACAGCUCUGCCAAGAAGGUGAAAGCAGAAAUUGGAGACGUUAGUAUUUUAGUGAAUAAUGCUGGUGUGGUCUAUACGUCGGACUUGUUUGCUACCCAAGACCCUCAGAUCGAAAAGACUUUUGAAGUCAAUGUACUUGCACAUUUUUGGACUUCAAAGGCGUUUCUCCCCGCCAUGAUGAAGAGUAACCACGGCCACGUGGUCACCGUGGCUUCGGCUGCUGGACACACGGUGGUCCCUUUCCUGCUGGCUUACUGCUCCAGCAAGUUCGCUGCUGUUGGAUUUCACCGAGCUUUGACCGAAGAACUGGCUGCCUUAGAACGAACUGGAGUCAAAACAACGUGUCUCUGCCCGAAUUUCAUUAACACUGGCUUCAUCAAAAACCCAAGUACCAACUUGGGACCUACCCUGGAGCCUGAGGAAGUGGUCAACAAGCUGAUGAACGGCAUCCUGACAGAUCAGAAGAUGAUUUUUGUCCCAUCUAAUAUCCGCUUCUUAACAGUGGUGGAAAGGAUCUUUCCUGAACGUUUCCUGGCACUUUUAAGACAAAGGCUCAAUAUUAAGUUUGAUGCCGUUGUUGGAUAUAAAGUGAAAGGACAAUAAAUACCAGGUUUUCUUGAAAAGUGAUUUAUCAAGUUUAAAUUGAUUCCAUCAAGUAUUAAUCAGAAUUUGAAUACUUUUACCUUGGUUUUUCCUAAUUCUUCUUCUUCAGUAUCACCCUUUGGAUCCCUUGCAGUACUCAUUUAUUACCACUUGUUAUUUGGUGUCAAACUAGUUUCAUGUAAUACAAACACACACCUUGGAAGUUGUUCUUAUGAAUAAAAAGAACAAUUUCACAGCAAUAAUUCCCCACAUUUUAUGGCUCACCUAAAAGCUUGCAAAUGUUAUUCUAUAAAUGUUUACGUGAAGAUACGUUAUCUUUUAAGGGCUCUGAAACUGUAUGUAAUUCACAUUUCCUUUUAUAUUCUAUUCAAAAUCAGAAGCUUUAAGUUCUUUAAAUGUAACAAAGGACUGGACCAAGGAACGUGUCACAGGGAAUUUCAUAAGUCUCGAAUGUUUCCUCCUGCAUGGCGGCCCUCAGUUUCCUGAGAGAUACCUCAUAUUCUAACCCCGAGCAUUUCAGACAAGGAAACUAGACUUGGAUACGUCUUGCAAGUAUAAAAAGCGUCUUUGAGGUCUAAGGCUGAGAACCAGGAGAAUGUACUUAUAAAUGGCAACCGUAAUAAAGGGACCAAAUCUACA